AUGCCUCCCGCCGAGAAGAAGUGGGACGCCAACGCUGAGCGCGACCUCUGCGUCGCCGUCAUCAUGGGCGCCCAGGAUGGUGAUCGCAUGCGCUACAACUGGCCCAAGGUUCACAGCGCCAUGGAAGCACUUGGCUACUCCUUCACCAAGGAUGCCAUCUCCCAGCACUUUAGCAAGUCCAUUAUGCGCGACUUCAAGGCCCGCCACGGCGACGCCAACAACGGUAGUGCUUCCACUCCUACCUCUGUCCCCAAGAAGGCGACCCGAAAGCGCGCAACUCCCGCCAAGGGCCGCAAGAGAAAGGCCGCCUCCGAGGAGGACGACGACGACGAGACCAACGACCCCUUCGCCGACUCUCCCCUCGCCAAGAAGGUGAAGCGGAUGCAAGAGGACGAGAAGGACGUCAAGCCCGAUGACCUUGGUGACCGCAAGCGUGAGCGCAGUGCCACUGCCGCCAGCCAUGAGGCCAGAUUCGAGGCUUGGCUUGAGGCUGGCAAGCAGGAGGAGGCCUAG